AUGGGCUGUAUCCAGAGCAUCUCCUGCAAGCCUCGCAUUAGAAGGGAGAACAUUGUAGUCUACGAGGUAUCGGCCUCCAUUGACCAGUGCCCAACGGUGAUAGAGGAGAACUCGCCCAUAGUGCUACGGUAUAAGACACCGUACUUCAGGGCCUCCGCAGGGAUCGUGAUGCCUCCGGUGCCCCGCAAUGAGACCUGGGUGGUGGGUUGGAUCCAGGCUUGUACACAAAUGGAGUUCUACAAUACUUAUGGGGACAUUGGCAUGUCCAGCUGGGAGUUACCGGAGCUCCGUGAGGGCCGGGUCAAGGCCAUCAGCGAUUCGGACGGGGUCAGCUACCCAUGGUACGGCAACACCACUGAGACGGUCACCCUUACGGGUCCCACGUCCAAACCGUCGCACCUCACAGUCAGCAUGAACGACAACUUCUACCCCAGUGUGACCUGGGCCGUUCCCAUCAGCAACAGCAACACGCCAAUGCUCUCACACAUCACCCGAGACCAGAGCUUCAUCACCUGGUUGGUUGCCAUCAACUCUGUCACCAAGGAGCGCAUCGUGCUGCAGACUGUGCGGUGGCGGAUGCGGGUGGACAUCGCCGUGGACCCUGACAUGCCCCUGGGCUCCCGGGCCUCCCUAGUAGGCCGUCCUCACCAGGAGCAGCCCCAUAUUCUCAACUACCAGGAACCAAUACCCCCCAACGCCCUGGGACGACCCAAUGCCAAUGACGCCCAAGUGCUGAUGUGGAGGCCCCGCAGAGGGGCACCCCUAGUGGUGAUACCGCCCAAAUAA